UCCAAUGAGCAGUUCUUUGCUUUUGGUUAAUCAUCCCACAAUCAUUUACAAAUCUUUUUCACAUUUUUUUCUUUUAUUUUAGUAAUCCUUAAUCACUAAUGAUCUCCAAAAGUUAUGAAUGAAUUGGAUAUAGGUUUUCAUUUCUGCCAGGACCAUUUUGUCGGCGCCGCUCCUAAUUAGCGGCGGGAAGAACAGCCAGAAGGUGGUGCCCACCACGAACCCGACCGUCAACGGCCCCGAAACCGCCCGCGGCAGCCGGCGAGUGUCUCCCCAAGCCUUCUCCGUCGCGUACUCCGCCGCGACGCAGACUCCGUGGAGCAAGAAGAACGCCGUCAUCUCCCACGACGGGCGGGCGCGCGCGACGUAGAAGACCAGCAGCUCGUGCAUGAGGCCGGAGAGCGCGAACGUCGCCAUCAUCGCCGGCAGUGGGGCCCACGCGCCGCCGAUGACGGCGGCGGAGAAUUCCCGGACGGGAUCGUAGACGGAGAAGCGGAAGGUGUUGGUCACGGUGAGGUUCCAGCGCCUCCCCCAGAAUUCCCGGAGGGAGCAGGAGAGGUAAGGCUCGUCCGACGGCGGGUCCAGAUCUAGACCGGUCAAGACCCGGAUCGCGAAUCCCGAAACUCCGACCAGCACAUCCACCAUGAGGAAAACCAGGAGAGAAUACCAGAUCAAGACCACGUUCUGGUGGGCCCCAUCCCCGUACCGGAAAAUCAGCUGCAACAACCCGGCGAAGCCCGCAAUUUCCGCCGCCAAGUUUAACCGCAAGAUCUGUUAUGAACGGCGUUAGCAAAAUUACUCCCUCUUUCCUUCCAAAUUAAAUUGAAAUAAAUUCUCCAUAUUAAAAUAAGCAACAAAAAAAAGUAAAAAACUUAUUUUUGAAACUCCGUUCUAAAAGAAUACCUUUGAUCUAUUGACAUUUUUCUUCUUCAACCUGAGAGGAAGAGAAGCCAUGGCAACGAAGGUGAGGAGAGACCUGUGAGCGGGGGAGGAGGAGGAGAGUGGGCCCCGGUCGAAGGAGAAGGCGAGGAGCUUGAAGUUGGAGAGCCAGGUGAAGAAGAAGAAGGCAACCGCCGUGCAGAAGGCGGAGGAGUGGAGGAGCGGGAAGACGGCAAAGAGGCCGAAAACAGGGGUUAGAGAUAUGAACCUGAAAGUGCCCUUUGGGAGCUUCGCAGGCACGAAAUAGCAGUACACGAGAGAGGCCAAAACCAGAAACCAGACGUGGAGCUAUUGGAAUUCUUAUGGUGAGACGUGUUGCCCCGCAUCCCUCAGUUGAUGGUGAUCAAAUCCGCCAACUCCCGGUGGAGAUACUUGACCAUAUUAUGGGACUCUUGCCUAUUCAAGAAGCUGCUAAAACUGCAGUUUUGUCUAAGCUUUGGGGGGAUGUUUGGUCCAGUCUGACGCAAUUGUGCUUUGAUUAUAACUUCUUUCGGUAUUUUCAAAUAAAACAUCGGAAGGAGGGCAAAUACUUCAAGUUAUCUUCAUGUUUGUAUGCAAUCAACAAAGUUCUCUUGCAGCACAAGGGACCCAUCAAGAAAUUUGUCUUUCUUUUCCCUGGUGGUUGUCCACUAAUUGUUAGGUCUCGCUCAUAUGACAUGAAUCAGUGGUUGCUUUUAGUCACACAACAAGGUGUUGAAGAAAUCCGUCUUUGUUUUGGCAGUAGAGAGUACAAGCUGCCUGAAUGCAUAUUUUCGUCCUCAACACUCAAGAGAUUGCACCUAUCUGGUUUAUGCAUUGCACCCCAAAUUUCUCCAUGCACUUCACCGAAUCUUACCUCACUUUGUUUUAAAGAAGCGAAAUUCCUUCCUAGAAAUACCACAAAUUACUCCAUUGAUGUUCCUAAGCUGGAGAAUCUGUCGUUUUAUUGCUGUGAGAAUAUCUCUCACUUCAACAUUAUUGCAAGAAAUCUUCGCAGUUUGAGAAUAGCACGUCAUUCUACUGGAAAAGGGGACAAUUUUCUCCCGGUGAACAUUGACUUGAGAUCUAUUCACACUCUUGACUUGGAGGGUUCCUCUCACGAGGAUAUUCUUGGCGACCAUACCUCAAAUGGACUUCCACCACAAUUGCCUGCCCUAAAUGUGAAAUCACUGAAGCUAUCAGGGGACUACUUCCUAACUGAUGCUGCAUUUGUUUGUUUGCUCAGAAAAUGCCCAAAGUUAUGCAAACUUAAAAUACAUUUUCAGCGGGAAUGGGAUAUGAGCAGGUGUAUAGAUGCCACAUCAGGGCAUUUUGAAAAGCUCCGUUGUGUGGCUCAAACACACAAAAUGCUUUGGUCUUUAAAGUUUUGGGCAUUCAAUGGAUCAAAGCCCCAAAUGCAUUUCAUCAAGGAGAUGCUUGCAAAUCUUCCGGCACUUGAAAAGGUUGUCAUUAUUUAUUCGCUCUAUAUGUUUGAUCGGAACAAGAAACAUGACAUCUUGGAAGAAAUUUCUCAUUUUCCGUGUGCAUCCCCCAAAGCAAAAAUUGCUUAUCAAUCUCUCUUUUCAAGUUGAAUCUAUCUACCUGCAUAAAUCACUUUCGUUGUUGUGAUUAGUGAUAUGCCAAACUGUAGGAAAUUAGUUUUUUUUUUAUUAUUUAAGUAUGUGAAUUUUGAAUGAAUGGCUUUAUCAUGGCAUGCCAAAUGGAUUGGUUCCGAACCAAAUGCAAUAGAUAUCUUUUGGUUAU